CUGUUGUCUUUAGGUUAGCUAUGCUACAAUCUUUACUGUACCCAGCGCUAGCUAUAUGCGCCCCGCACCGCACCGCCACUCUGGAUAUCUGGGAAUAAUUCAACUUCCAGGCUGUCGCACGCUGCGCCCGGAGCCCGCACACAGAUUCCACAGGAGAUUACCCAGAGUGCCGCUGGCCCGACGAUCAUCCAGAAGGGAGAGAGACAGCGAGGAGGACGCACCGUGAUUGGAGGAGGAGGUGGAGCCUCAGGCAGACCCCUCCCCCCUCAAGUGAAGCCCCUCCCCUCUGAGGAAGUGCACUUGAGUGCCGCAGCUGUAUGUGAUGCCCUCCCAUGACGCCCAGGUCGGUAGCUGACACUGCCAGUGAGCGGGAGACGCCACUGCACAACCGGUCCUGGGCCAGCGCCGUCAGCCGGUUCUCGCCCUCCCUCUCGCAUGCUGGAGACUCCACCCCCAACCGCCUACCAGUAUCCACAACCAUCAGCUCCCAGUAAGGUCCCCUCAAACACCGACACGCUGACGUCCUCGGCCAGCACCAGCAGCAGCAGCAGCAGCCAAAAACCACAGUAUCUUCAACGCAGCACCAGCACCACCAAUAUCACCACCACCAGCAGCAGCCAUCAUGUCCAGUCGUAGAAAGUCCUCCACCCCCUGCAUGGUCCGGGUCAUUAACGACCUGCCCGAAGAGCAAGAUGACCCUGAGGAAGUCAUGGGCAUGGAAAUAUCGACAGACAAUGAUGUGACGGAAAAAGAACAGUCAGAAUCAUCUGAAUCUGCAGAAAACCCCCAGCAGGAGAAUCCAGAGAAUCCAGACCAGCAGACGUUUCCAAAACCAGUGGAAAACCAGAAUCCUGAGCCAUCAGAACAAGAGGAGCAGUUGGGUAAAGACAACCAACUCCCUGUCAUUGAGGAUGUAGAAGCUAGAGAGGAGAAAGACAGGGAAGAGGUUGAAUCAGACCCGGCAACCCAGAAAAAGCAGGCCAGAGGCUACGAGUGCAAAUACUGCCCGUUUUCAACGCAGAACCUGAAUGACUUUAAAGAGCACGUGGACUCCAGCCACCCUAACGUCAUUCUCAAUCCGUUGUACCUCUGUGCAGUCUGCAACUUCAACACCAACAAGUUUGACUCGCUCACAGAGCACAACGAGAGCCAGCACCCGGGCGAGACGAACUUCAAGUUCAAGCGGAUAAAGAUGAACAAUCAGACUAUCUUAGAACAGACAAUCGAAGGCAAAGACAAUUCAGUUGAAUGCGAAGUGACAAACGAGCAAGGUGAAAGCAACAGCAGUCCUGUGUUUCCAUCUUGCAUAUCUACUACGGUGAAAUCCCCGGAGAGUAUCCAGUCGCUCUAUCAAGGGAGCGAGCUGAAAAGCCAGCUGGACGGGCUGAUCCAGAAGGAUCAAAUCACAGCGGUGAACAUCAACGGAACGGUCAUCAUCCCUGAACCUACCAUCCUCCAAGGGCUCUCCCAUGUAACCCCGAUGCUCCAGCGCCCACCCAACUUUAACUCUGUACCAAAAAUAGCUGUUCCCUUGAACACCACCAAAUACAAUCCAUCUUUAGAUGACAACUUGACGUUGAUCACCUCCUUUAACAAGUUCCCUUACCCGACACAUGCAGAGCUGUCGUGGCUGACAGCCGCCUCCAAGCACCCAGAGGAACAGAUCAAAGUCUGGUUCACCACCCAGCGGCUGAAGCAAGGCAUAACCUGGUCCCCGGAGGAGGUGGAAGAGGCCAGGAAAAAAAUGUUCAAUGGCUCCAUCCCUCCUGCUCAUCAUACCUUCACCGUCCUGCCUACAAGCCCUGUCUCUCAGCCAUCUGCCAAAUCUUCCCAGCAGCCUCUGGUCCACACUACAGUCAGGCAUUCAAGCCAUUUACGGACAAUCCCGUCCAAUGGGUUAAGUGUUGUCACCACCACAAACACUCCUGCUGGAGUUGCCAUUGGCUCCAGCCUUAAACGAACACACCUGACGACAGUGUUCGGCCCGGAGUCGAAGCGGCCAAUCAUGGCAGUCGCCCCCCAUUCUGGCGACCCUAAGGAUAAGGUCCUCAUGGCUCCUCCUCCACCCCCUCCUCCUCAGAAAGACCGUCUCCCAAUGGCUCCGCCUCCAGUUCCCAUGGAGAUGAAGAGACCUGUAGCACUUCCUCUGGUCACCACAGAGAUGAAGAGGUCAUCCGCUACUGUGCCUUUAAUGCCACCACCAUCAUCAUCAUCAUCACCUUCUUCGUUGUCCAAAGGGAAGACUCUCUCUGCGUUAGGAAUCCCCAAAACGAAGCCGGUGGUGUCGCUGCCCUCCAUAGUCUUUCCAGAGUCAUUAACGAGGCCAAUGAUCGCUCCACCGCCUAUCUUCGCCCCGUCAUUUAAAACCUCAUUACUUAUUCCAUUAAAUUCGGCCAUUACUUCCAAAGAAAAGCACCCAAAUACUCACGCUAUGCCAGCUGCUGAUACGAAGCUGCCAAACUCCCCUCCACUUAUCACCCCACAGAUCCGUAGGCCAACCAUCAUCCAGUCCAUCCGCGCUCCGGCCAAAGCCCCGUCCCAGAUUCCAGGCUUCCUGUUGGAUAGCAAGAAGCUAAAAGAGCAGCAAGGAGUGGAACUGAAAGCCAGCUACCCGCGAGGAGACAAGGUACUCACUCCUCUGGCUGAGGCCAACGGGACAUCUCGCACAGACAGGAAGUGGCCCCACCAUCAAACCUCCAUUGCUCACAACAAUGGAAUCAUGCAUCUGGAUGGUGGCGAGCUGGCAGCAGCGCAGAAACUUGACUUUCAUCAUAAGUCCUCGGUGCUGACACAAUUCCCCUUGCUGGAGAGGAUGAAAGGAAAGACGGCCGAACAGCUGAAGAUCUUGGAGGAGAACUUCUUGAGGAACAGCUUCCCCACACAAAGCGAUGUGGACAAUCUGGCGGGCACCACCCACCUGUCUCACCAGGAAAUCGACAGCUGGUUUGUGGAGCGCCGUGCACUACGUGACAACCUGGAACAAGCCCUUCUCAACUCUAUGGGCACCAAGAGGAUGGGCACCGGUGGCAUCAACGCCAUCACCAAGAAAGGACUACAUCAGCAACAACACCAAACUCUACCGCUGAAUGGGAUUCACAAGCCAAGCACCGGCAUGGGCAACCUUAAGAGCCCUCUUCCACCCUCGCACACAGUGCCCAUCAUUGCUCCCAGCUCCAUCGCCACCUCCAUCCCCAACCCGAAUUCUUGCUCAGUGCCUCCAGACAGCCGAUCCCAGGCGCUCCUCAAGGACGAUUUUGCUCAAACGCGGUGGCCUUCCCCUGAGGAGUUCAGCCAAUCGGAGGGUCGGACAGGACUGGCUCGCGCCGAACUCGCCCGCUGGUUCACUGACAGCCGGCUGCAGGGCGGCGGCAUGGAGCUGACAGAACUUUUUCACAACAAUGGAGUGAAUGGAAGCCAGGGGCCGCCUGUGUGCUCCCCUGAAAACGCUCCUCCCAGCAUCAUCCGGCACUGUCAGGAAGGAGCCCUAACAAACAACAGCAGCAGUAAGGUGCUGGAGGUUGAGUUGGGCUGGCUGAUGGAGCAUCGCGCCAACAGCCUCAGCAGUCAACAUGAUGAGCUCCAAGACCGGUUUGCUGGCAGACUGAGGCAGCAGAACGCCGCCGAGUUGAAGAACGGAGGACAGAACGGGGGACACAUGGGAGGACCGCGGGACGUGUUCGGGAGCUGGCUGCAGGACGGACACUCGAGGAGAGGACGGGAGCUGCUCCUGGACCGAGAGAGGAAGAUGGCGGAGGACGCGUCUGGGAGGCUGACUGGAUAAACGGUGCGAGUAGGAUUUUGCCGCCAUCGCCGCCGCUGCUGCUGGAAACACGGAGGAGGAGGAGAGAAAAAAAAAACGAGGUGGACGGAGAAUGGAGCAACAAAAGAAGAGUUUUUUUUUUAAACGAUCAGAUAUUGUAUUUUUGUUUUUUAAUUAUUUUUUAACUUUUGAUUGUUGCAUCACAGAUCACGCACGACGCCGUCCUCCAUCGUGUCCGAGCUGCGACCCGACCUCCUCCGCGGACGCGACGCUCUCGACGACAAGAAAGAGCUCAGCUUUUAUUUUGGUGAGGCGUACUCGGGCUUCCAAAUUAAAAUCAGAGGAGUGCGAGGGAGAGAUUCAGGGUCACGAUCUGUGAAGAUAAUUGAAAUCUCAAAUUGCUGCUUUUCUUUUCAUUCCUCACAGUAAUGUGAGUUUUAAUAGUGUUACAAUAAAAGACGGAGCGGAUCUUCACUCCUCGGUGCACAAACACCAUCAGAGACACAGAUUAGAGGUGAGGAGCUGCUGCGAGCCGCCACGCCGAGCGAUCGACGGUUCGACUGAGCUCUCGAGCUCCAUUCUGAGGUGGAAUCAGUUGGACACAGUCGAGCUGAUACGGAUCAAUAACGUGCGAUCGACUGCCGGCCAAUCACAGCGACUGUUUUUAAAUAAUUCCACAGUUUUGGGUCGAAGAAACGUGACCGAUAAGGGAGCGCUUCCCCUUUAAGAGCCGUCCCUUUAAGGCUGUUUUCUGAUUGGUUAACACAAAAUUUAACGACUUACCCACAAUGCAGCGUGGCUGCAAGAUCAGUAACCGAUCAUUCAGCAUCUAAAUAAGAGGUUUGAUUUGUGGGUCGACGUCUAGAAAACUUCCCUUUAACCUCAAACUUUCCCUUUAAGCUGGAGUUGAUCACAAAGAUCUCGUCACCAGCUGAUGUCGAGGUCGCACGUCCUCCAUCUUGGACAGCUCGGUACGGCAACACCACUCGGACAAACCACAGACAGAAAAGCAUAAAGUUAAUUUCUAAGAUUACAAGAAACAUUUCAAGGCCUCCGAGAUAACUGUGAAAGUUCAAUUUAAUUCAAAUAAAGAAGGUUUUUAGUGUGUUUAUACAGAUUUAAUAUUAAAGCCUCUUUGGUGUUUAUUUUAUAUUUUCUUUGUUUUGUCUGUUUGAGCUGUAAUGUGAUGUGUAUUAUAUAAAUUUAUACAAAGAACGUAACGUAAUACUUGAAAGAUGAUCAGUAAAGAUCGAAGCAUAAAAGUGUAACAAUCCAAAUAUUUAGACGUCUUUUACUGCAGUUCUGUCUGUAGUUUGUCCAGGUGGUGUUGCCGUACCGAGACGUAACUUCCCUUUAAGAGGAGGAUUUUAUAAUUGACAAAGAAAGGUCACAAACUUCCCCUUUAAGAGGGAGUUCGAUCAAUGAUGAAACACUUUCUGUUUUUGUUUUGGUCGACAUCCUGAACCUCUCGUGAUCGCGGUGAACUUCCCCUUUAAGAAUCAGAUGUGCGGAGACUAAAAACCUUCCUCAUGUUAAAAUAUGAAACAGUGAGCAUCAUCGUCGUCUCAACCAACAAAUAUUCGUAUAAAAAUCAACAUGAUUUUCUUGAAAUUCACAUUUAACUUUUGAGCUGAAUCCAGAUAACUUCCCUUUAAGAGGAACUUUAAUUGGUGUUAAUUUCCCCUCAGGAGGAAAACUCGAUCUGUAUCUCUGAACUUUCCCUUUAAGAAGGAACCAGUUUCAUAACGAGCACUUUACUGAAAACAAAAUUAAUUAAAUAAAAGAAGAAGUAAAAAAAAAAAAACAAACCCUGAACUUCUCCUUUAAGUUGCUCUGAAGGAAGCAGCCUCCGUCUCGUGAGAGGGGGGAUUAGCGGGUCGUGAACUCGGACGGACGGAUGUUUUGUGGCCGAGGUGAUGUUGUGCGUGACCUGCGUUGCCGUGGAGACGGCGAACCGGAGCACUGAAUGUGUGCCUGAAGCAGCAGCAGCAGCCGUCUGACUGUCCGCAGCCACCGACCUGACGACCGACCGACAGACAGACAGACAGACAGACAGACAGACAGACAGGGUGGAUUCAAAACAAACAAACAAACAAGGAAAAAAAACAACAAAAAAAAAAACAACCACAAACAAACAAAAACAACGCCGAGUGCCAAAGCUGGGAUCUGCUGCAUUCUCACUACACUUUUGAAAAAAAAAAAGGGUUCUUCUUCUUCUUCUCGUUGUAAAUAGGAUAUAUAUGUUUGUUUUUGUUUUUGGUUCUGUUUUUUUUUUCCUGUAUUGCUACGGAUUUGUAAAAAAGAAAAAUUUUGCGGAAAAAAUUUUGUUACAUUUUGUAAAAAUGGGAGCAACUCGUCCCCCCGAGAAAAAAAACCUCCUCGGAUAUUUUUUUUGUUUUUGUUUUUAAUCCCUCUCUCUCUCUCACUCGCUCGCUCACUCGGCUCUUUAACGUCUUCGUUUUCUUUCUUUUUUUUUUUUUUUGUUGGACUUUGUUGGAAAAAAAAAAAAAAAACGGUGCCAGCAAUGGUGUGUGUGUGUGUGUGUGUGUGUGUGUGUGUGUGUGUGUGUGUG